AUGCUGGAAUUACUUGUUUUAAUUGUCAACAACAGGGUCGCAUCAGCACCACAUUCCCCUACCCAAGGAAGACUCCAAAACCUUGAAACCAGAGUUCCCGACCUAAAUCCAAUGGAAGAGUUUUUUCCCUCAGUGUAUGAUUUGAUUGUGAAUACCCCAACUAGUAAUUUUGUUGACACCUCAAGUGUUUGUCUCGACAUUUCUAUCCAUGUGUAUGGAAGGGACUUCCGAGUUUACUUAGUGUGUUUAUCUUUGCGUCUAGUCGAUGUGAUUCUCUAUAUGGAUUGGCUAUUGGCCAACCGUGUCCGUGUAGAUUUUUUUAGAAAAACCAUUGAAUUCAUGGAACCAGAAGAGAGGGAUAAGCCUAGCAAUAUGUCCGCCAACCAAGUGAAGGCACUCUUGAAAGAAGAUGCCCAAUUACAUAUGAUCCUAGCCUCAUUGAAAUUUGAAGAACAUGUGGUAAUACGAAAUGUUCCAAUUGAGUGUGAAUUUCCUGAAGUAUUUCCUAAAGAUGUCAAUAGUUUACCACUAGAGCGUGAUAUUGAGUUUAGCAUUGACCUUGUACCAAGUAUUGGACCCAUAUCCAUGGCACCGUAUAGGAUGUCUCCCUUAGAAUUGUUUGAGCUUAAGAAGCAAUUGGAUGAGCUUUUAGAUUAA